CCCUUCAUUUUGUUCCCCAACUAUUCUCUCUCUAAUAAAACACUUCUUCUCUCUCUAGAAAAAUACAUUUUUCUUUGUACUUUCCAUAAACCCCUUUACUCUUUUUUUUCUCCCUUCUACAUUGAAUCUUCCUUAUUCAUUUCCCCUAAAAAAAAUUCAACAGUUUUUUCUUAUUAAAUACAAACAUUUUUCCAUUUUCCACACUUUUAUUUUCUUUUUGACGCUUUGUUAUUUUGAUGUUGGUGUGGAAAAAUCAUUUAUAAGUCAUUCAUUUAAUUCAUUUACAGCACAAAAAAUGGAUUAUGCUGAUAUUUUUUGUCCGAUGAAGUACACGGAACAUCGGAGUGUCACAAAAAAGCAUCACAAAGUGUCAAAAAAAGUGUCCGGAACUAGAAAUGGUGUUCCUCGAGUGGUUCGUGUGUCCGUGGUUGAUAACGAUGCUACUGACUCGUCUAGCGACGACGAAGAGCACGCGCUCUUUGGCCGCCAACGAGUCAGACGCUACUUAAACGAGAUUGUUAUCGAACCCACCACAACCGCUACCGCAACCUUGGGGGGUUUGGUAACUAAAAAUAACAAAAAGAGUUCUACAAGAAAGAAAUCGAGUGGUACGGCGGCGCAAGGUGGCGCGUUGGUGAGUUCGGGUGGUGUUAGAAAGUAUCGCGGAGUAAGACAACGGCCUUGGGGGAAAUGGGCUGCGGAGAUUCGAGACCCGGCCCGACGAGUUCGGCUUUGGCUCGGAACUUACGACACGGCGGAGGAAGCUGCGAUGGUUUACGAUAACGCAGCAAUAAAACUGCGUGGGCCCGACGCGCUUACCAACUUUGCUACACCGCCGCCGCGAGAGGAGGUGGCUCCGUUGGUAGUUGAGAGUCACGCGCCGUCGACAUCGGGUGGUUAUGAAUCAGGUGAUGAGUCUGCUUCUCAUAAUAUACUGUGUUCUCCUACUUCUGUUCUUAACUUCCGCGGUUCAACUGAGGAGGAAGUUUCCCGGUUCAAACCGGAAGAUAAUGAAAAAGAAAAUGAAAGUUUUGGAACGGUUCAAGAAAUGGGUAAUAGUAGUAGUACUACUACUAGUAAUUACUUGGAAGAGUGUCAAGGCGAAUCAUCUUCAAUCGAUUUCUUGGAUACACCCUUUUUAAACGAUUUCUUCAACUUUGAAACACCAGAACCGAUUAUUUUUGACGAGUCGAAACCACAAGAAAAUGAUUAUCAUAUGUUUAGUCCCGAGCUCGGGUUUGGAGAUAUCGGCCACAUGUUACUUGACUCAUACAUGACCGAUUUUGAUUUAGAUUUUGAUUUUGAUAUUGAUUUUAAUGCGAUGAAUAAUGACACUCAUUCAUCUUCUAAUUUGUUGCAAGUGGACGACUAUUUUCAAGAUGUCAACGAUAUCAUUGCGUCGGAUCCUCUUGUAGCAUUGUAGUUUAAAAAAAUUCAAAAAUAAAAUAUCAUUCUCCGGCCGAUUAAUCGGCAAGUUUUGUACCGGCGGCAAGUAGUAGAGUGUUAAGCUACAUUUUUGUUUACUUCUAAUAUAAAUUUAGUGGUUAUUAGUUGGUAUUUAGUAUUGAGUAUUAAUAUUCUCUGUUGGAAAUAUAACGGAGAAUUUAAGUGUUAUUUACGGUAAUAAAACUAUAAAAGUAAUUACUUAUAAUAUAGAAGUAGAAGUAUUAUGUUUUUAUUUUUUUUUGUCAUUGGUUAAUAUGAGUUGUACACAAUAAGUCAAUUUUGAAUGAAAAUGGAAAUUAUAGAUAUUAUUU